UUAUAAAAACGUACAGUAUUACUGGGGUAUAUCAAUGAAUAUUGUUUUAGUAUCUAACAAACAGGCGAAGUGUUUGGAACUUGUGGUUACUUUAAAUGGUUAGAGAUUUUUUAAAAUGCUGCUUUUAUUGUUAUUUGCCGCGUCAACUCUAUUAGUUGUCUACCUCAGAUGGAAUUAUACACAUUGGCAACGUAAAGGAUUUCCCUACAUUGAGGCAAAAACCCCAUUAGGCGUGUUGUAUUCCGUUGUAAAACGCCAACGUUCUUUUGGGAUGGCGAUAUAUGACGCUUACAAAAGCUCAAAGGAAAAAGUUGUAGGAAUUUACUUAUUAACCCGCCCUGCCUUACUUGUACGAGAUGCACAAUUAGCACGUGAUGUAAUGACUAAGGACUUCAAUAGUUUUCACGAUCGUGGCGUUUAUGUAGAUGAAGAGAAGAAUCCAAUGUCAGCUACUUUAUUUGCCUUAAAGGGAUCAAAGUGGAAAACUUUACGUACAAAAUUAGCACCUUCUUUCACUUCAGGAAAAUUAAAAGGCAUGUUUGGUACCAUAGAGGAAACAUCAUAUAGAAUGAUUAAUCAUUUGAACAACAUUUUACCUGAUAAUGGAUCUGCUGAAGUGGAAUUAAAAGAAAUUUCUUCAACUUACGCUGUUGAUAUAAUUGCUUCAGUUAUAUUUGGUUUAGAAACAAAUAGUUUUGAAGACCCGAAUAAUUUGUUCUAUAGUGUGAGCUAUACAGCUAAUCAACCGACAUUUAAAAGUGUUUUAAGAGGUACUUGCUCAGUCUUAUAUCCAAACUUAGAAAAGUUUUUUGUAAUGUUGGGUUGUCGUGACGAAGCAUCAGAAACAAUGAAGGAUAUCGCACGUAAAACUAUUGAAUAUAGAGAAAAUAAUAAUGUUAUUCGUCGAGAUAUGCUUCAAUUAUUACUACAACUCCGCAAUGCUGGCAAGAUAAAUACAGACGAUAAUGAAUGGUCCGUUGAAACAGCAGCAGAUGCUUUUAAAUCCAUGUCUGUGGAAAUGAUAGCUGCGCAAUUGUUCAUCUUCUAUUUGGGUGGUUUUGAUACAACAUCAUCUGUAAUUUCUUUUACAAUUUACGAACUAUCACAAUAUCCAGAACUUUUAGCAAAAGCUAACAGAGAAGUGGAGGAAACAUUAGCGAAGUAUGAAGGCAAACUGAGUUAUGAAUGUCUACAGGAUAUGAAAUUCUUAGAUUUGUGUCUUAUGGAAACUGUACGUAAAUAUCCUGGAUUACCCAUAUUAAAUCGUGAGUGUACAGAAGAUUAUCAAAUACCAAAUUCAAAAAUGGUCAUUAAGAAAGGAACUGGAAUAAUUAUUUCUCUAUUUGGUAUACAUCGUGAUCCAGAGUAUUUUCCUGAUCCAUUGCGAUAUGAUCCAGAACGGUUUUUAGAAGAAAACAUGAACUACAAUCCUGUCGGUUAUAUGCCUUUCGGCGAAGGACCUCAUCAUUGCAUUGCUCAACGCAUGGGUAAAUUAAAUGCCAAAGUGGCCAUUGCUCAAAUAUUAACAAAUUUUGAAAUUGAAAUAAGAGAUAAACCUACCGAAAUUGAAGUCGAUAAUUAUAGUGUAGUCUUAGUUGCUAAAGGUGGUAUAAAUGUACGUUUAUCAAAAAAAAAAAUAAAUUGAAAAGAAAAUAAUAAUAUAAAAAAAACAUUUAAAUUGAUCUUCUGUAAUUAUGAAAUGUGUUUUCGGUUGAAUAUUGAUAAUAAAU